AUGAGCGCCCUCAACCUUCACAGAACUCCCAUUGACAUCUCACAGUUCUCCCACUUCAACCGGCUUUCCUGCUCUCAAGACGCUGCUCUGGCUGUUUCUAUGUAUUGGGAUAUGCAGAGACGAAACAUCUCUUUUGAUCUGCACAGCCCAGACCGUCAGGCAGUGCCUGUCGUCGACCAAGAUUUGCAAGCCGACAGUGAAAUCGCGUUUAGCGAGUCAGAUGCUGUUGAACAGGAUGCAUUAGCUCCCUCGACAUUGCGUGUCCCUGUGCUUGGAAUCAGCUCAGCCCCUGUGGAAUCCUCAGAACUAAUCAGAGAAAACAACGAAGAGGUCGACAGAUCGGCGGCAGCUCGCACAGGUCGUCAGCGCCUGAACAGAUCAGAUAUAUUAUACAAUAAUGAUUCAAAUUGCAAUGCUCCAGCACCCGUCAAUCUGGACAGUAUAACUCCGUCAGCCUUUGAAGAAGAAGAUGGAAUCUCUGUCCCUUUCCAACUCGGUCAUUGCCAGUCCAUUUUGAGAAAUAUUCCUUCAUCGGACAGUCAGGAUUCAGAUUCGGUGGACACCUCAGACAAAGCAUUCUCACAGAACAGCUGUCUGUCUUUAUUCUCGCAUUAUACAAGUGAAGACUCUGAGGAUUUUUCGGAUGGCGAGAAGAUUAUUUCUGAUCAAGAGAUUCGUAGCUUGCGUCACUCUCAAAACAUGACAUCGUACUGUGCGAGCGGGGGAGAGUCUGGAGCUCCUCUAUGGGAAGAUUUGCACAGCCGCAUUUUUCAUGAUUUUAACGGUGAGAGAUUCUCUGCUGGGCCAUGGGAAGAGGUCCAUGUGGAGGAGGAGCGCUGUCUAAGAUCUGCAAUGAGUUUUGACGACCUUCAGGCAAAGAAAAAUGCACAGCGCCACGGAGGGCUGCCCAUGUGGCACUACGAGAGCCCUUUCGCUGAAGUCACAGUCCGUGUCGACGAUGUUAACGACACUCUCGAACACCGAUUUCUAGAAGAAGCACAUGAUGUGCUUCGAAAGGUUAAGGCAGAUAUUGUAGGCCGCGGGGAUUUGGGAGAUGACUCUGCAAAAGAGAGGGAUGUUGUCACUCCACUUAGCUGCCUCCAGUCUUUCGUAUCUGACUGUCUCCUAGAGAAGCUCAGUUACGGAGCCAACAGGGUGCUUCACCAAAAUCGCCAAAAGGGCACGUCCAAGGAGGAGUUGCUAGGUCUAAUAAUUAUUCACGUAUUGUGUGCUGCCUAUGACGAGUCCCCCUCUACUAUUUGCGAUGCCGGAGAGAAGCUCAUCCACACUUGGGAAAGACUAGUUCAGCUUUUACAGGGGGUAUCUACGACGGGUUCUCUGCGUCCCAUGCCAGGGGCAAUAUUUGCUGCGGACAGAGGUUACAACUCAAAAGUUACAAUUGAGUUCAUUUCAGAUGUCCUCGGAGCAAGCCUUUUGGGAACACACAAAAGGGACCUUUGGUUCCCUUUUGUGUUCGGAGAUGGGCCUAUUACUCGCCGCCAUAGAGGUAUGGUUGUCUCGGAACGAGGUUGUCGCGCUGUGUACACAGCACGACUAAAAGAGGGACCUAGUUCGAGCAGGGCUUCUAAUCUACGCGCUGUAGAAGCUUGCGUCUACCGCGAGAGUUGUUCUGGAAGGAUCGCGGCGUUGGUUCACAAUAACGGUGCCCUGUUUCCCUCGCGAUGCUUCACAAUUGUCUGCCGCGAUAGUUACCGGGCGGAGUCUGCCGUGAGGAAACUUGAGGCAGCAUUAAUUGUCUACGAUGAGCCAUGGAAAACUGCUGUGUCUACUCAGAGGCCCACUCGAUCCAGUAGUCAUGCCAUCCCCCGCGUAAGUGCAAAGAGUAGAGUGCAACAGGUCCUUGCUCAAGUGCGGUGUCUGACGUACCUGCAAUCCGAGGACCCGGUGUGGUUCUUACUCCGGGCCUUCAGAUUUACGUCACGCACUAGUUUUGGUUUCGUUCAAGCAAUCGCGCGAGACUAUGGGACGAGAAUCAAUGGUUUGGCAUGGUUGUUGCAGGGGAGCGUUCUGACUCCGGGUACAGAGGCCCUCAGUGAGGAAGUCGAGGAGGUACGGGAGCACAUCAAGAUGAAAUGGGAGAGCAUCAUUGCCGUCUUUGGGCUACGGCUGGCGGACUUGCCUGUCACAUCUUCACGCAGGACAGUGGCUGCUAGACUUAGAGGCAUGUCCGCAACGCGAAUUACGAGCUCUACCAAGAGUGACCUGCAGGAAAUUCUGGCAGUCUUUGACAGAGCCCUUGACGGCCGUGUUCCAAAGUCGAGCCUAGUGGCUGCUGUUAGACAGCUAAAGAUAGACGUAGCCGCGGACACUGUGGACUUAGAUGGCAGUGAGCGGGAGGAUGCAAGCCCUGAGGAACUGCUAAUACAGUCUGCAGCCAAGGUGAGUCAUGCCUUGCGCGACGCGUCACUACACGCCUGGGUGAUGAAGCCACUUAUCGCAACUGCCGGCAUGCGAGAGGGCACAAGGAAUGAAGAUAAGAUCGUAGAAGCUAUCCCUGAAUUCAUGAAGACUUCUGGCGGGGCAUACAUGUCAUAUCCGAUGCACAGGUCUGGUGGAGAGUCUACGUUGUGA